CUUGUACUUUUUACUCUUACUUAAGUAAAUUUAUGAGCAAAUAACGCUACUCUUACUCCGCUACAUUGGGCAAAAGUGGACUCGUUACUUCUCUUUAUAACGUUUGUUUUUCUCCCGUGGAUAACCAUAUGACCAUGUUCCGCCAGUCAAAUGUAGCAGCAAUAAUCACAUGACUCCGUCUGACCUAUCAGAUGUAUCCAUGCUGCAACUUGCACGGAAACAAAAUAUUAGCGGCAGAAAGUAUUUUCUUCCAAAGACGAGCUACGGCGAAAAACAAGGGAAAAUGGCAGCAGCAAAUGUCUGCAUUGAAGAAGAGGACACAACAGAAGACGGCGAAGUUGGAGAACAUCCCAGGCCUCAUAUUCAAAGCAUGUUUAGCUUGCGCAAAACGCAAAAGAACAGCUGUGUAAUGCGGUGUCUUCUGUGCCUACCAAAACAAACCGACAUUUCAGCAUUCAAAAACUCGACGUCUAAUUUGAGGAAACACGUUGCGAUAAGUAUAACGUUAUAAUUUUAUUACAUAUCAUUAUCAUUAGCCUACAUAUCAGCCAUAAUUCAUCCAACAGUUCUUUCAUCUGGGCUGCAUCUAACGUUAAGGUUAGUACAUCUAAUAACCACAUUAACAAUAAUAAAAAAGGCACCCAUCACUAAUGUUUUAAAAGUGUUAUUGUUCUCAUUGUAUACUAUUCAUGCACAAGAAAUAUUGUAAGUUAAACCUUUUUUCAGAGGCGUUAAUUCAGCACCAGUACAUAAAUCACACAACUAAAGUGCAACUACAACACACUAUUUACCACUCUUCCCGUAUAUAAAACUUUAUGACUUAAUAUGUUAUACUUUGAAGCCUCAUUUAUAUUUUUCUGUCGACAGAGGGUUCACACCGACAGCAUGAAGAAAUACACAGACCUAAUUGAGUCCCACAGAAAACGAAGGUCCUUCACUACAAGUGAACCACCUGCAAAAAGUGCAAAGCUCUCCCUUCUCAAGCCCACAACGAGUAUCCAAGGCAACAUUUGAUCAUCUUGUAAUCAGAUUUGUCUGUGAGGCCAACUUACCUUUUUCUGUGGUGGAGACACCAUCGUUUAAGACUAUGAUGGGAACAAUACUGCCUAAGCAUACAGUAAUGACAAGAAAAACAUUGUGCUCAAAAAUACAGGAAGCUGCCAAAACAAUGAAGAACACUAUUAUAAAAACGCUCAGUACUGUUAACUAUGUUGCAACAACAACAGACUGCUGGUCAGCCCGACAGCGCAGCUACUUAGGAGUGACCUGCCACUGGAUUCAUGACAGCACCUUAGAAAGGCACUCUGCUGCACUGGCUUGUAGGCCUCUUAAAGGCUCACACACCUUUGAUGUGCUUGCAGCAGCGUUAGAAGAGAUACAUUCUGAAUAUCAAAUAAGAGAUAAGGUGACAAGGACAACCACUGACAGUGGUUCCAACUUUCUAAAAGCUUUUCGAAUAUAUGGCGAAGAUGAAGAAGUCACCAAUGAAGAGGAGGAGAUGGACAUCACCAAUGAUGAGGCAUCAGAGGAUGAGUGUGAGUCGGAGGUGGAGAUCCAGGAUGUCUCUGCUGUGUUGAAUGAUAAUACAGGCCUUGAAUACCAACUUCCGAGGCACCAAAAGUGUGCCUGCCAUCUCCUAAACCUGAUGUCUACAGUAGAUGCUGCCGCCACGGCAGCGACCAAUGACACAUACAAAAGGCUGUCUCGAUCUGCUUUUCCAAAGUGUUCUGCUCUAUGGAACAAAACCAGUAGGUCAACCAUGGCCUUUGAAAUAGUGGAACGUGAAUGUAAGCUGCAGUUCCUCCAACCAACUCAAACACGUUGGAGCUCCCUGUUCCUGGCUGUGGAGAGAGUUGUAUGCAUUCAGAAAGAGCAAGGAGAGGCAGCAAUUCAGAAUGUCUGCACAGCACUGAAGAUAAAGAUGUUUAAUCCUGCUGAAUUUGGAUUUUUGGCUGGGUACACUGCUGUCAUGAAACCUGUUGCCAUGGCCAUCAACAUCCUUCAAGGGGAAACGUCUGUGCACAUGGGAUUUUUGCUGCCAACACUUUACCAGUUGCAGGAGAAGCUAAUAAGGCUGGAGUUAUCCUGCAAAGUCUGCAGAGCUCUGGUAGAUGCCCUGCUCAAUGGGAUUCAGAAACGUUUUGGAGGCGCCAUGGAGGACCCUGAGCUGAUUGCAGCAGCAAUACUCUUACCUCUUAUACUCUUAAGAUUUCGAACAUUCUGGACAACAAAGGAGUGCAUCUUAAAAGCUGGACUUGACUUCAUUAGAAAUCACCUAGACACAGACUCCGAUGAUGGCAGCACAAACAGCAGUCGCUAUGAUGAAGGUGACUUCUUUGCAUCCAUGAAAUCAGGAAAACCACAAGCAGGAGAGCUGGAGAGGUACCUUUCAUGUCCAUCCUCUGAAGGUAUGGAUCUACUGCACACCUUUCCUCACAUCAAGAAGCUCUCACUGAAACUCAACACUGGUCUUCCUGCAUCUGCGGCCUCCAAGAGACUUUUCAAUCAUGCAGGACUUAUGUUUACUGCUAAACGAUCACAGCUUCACAGCAAGAAUCUUGAAGCUUAACCGUCAGUUCACUGAGUGAGAACAAGCACCACACAUGCACAGACUCAAAAGUGGCAUGUACAACAAAAACACUCCCCAUAGCACACACACAAUGACUUCUGUUGUGUCCUCUUCUUCAUAUCAGACAUUUGCCAUAACAGUGUUGUUUUAAUGUUAUUUUCUGGUUGCCAAGCAUGCUGAGCCAUUUGGAGGGCAAAAGUUAAUCAGAAGUUUGUUUUGUGACUUGGAAUAGUUUGCAGGGUUCUCACAUACAGUACAUACAAUAUGUUGUAUGUUUUUUGUUGCUGUUAAAAAGCUUUUGUUUGAAAGCUUGUACAAGUUAUUUAUAAAGAUGUCAUUUAUUUUGUUUUUUUACUGAUUAUUUAGUUUAUUUUUGAAAAUACAAGAAUUUGCACAUUUUAUUUAUUUUAUUGUCUGAUUUUAUAAAUACAAAGAAAUAAAUCCGAUGUUACAUUUAAACAGUUA